AUGGUUGAAUAUGAGCCUAGCAUCCUGGGUCUCAAAUUGGCACUUGAUAUGGCUGUUCAUGAAUUGUUUGUCAUCGGAGAUUCAGAUUUGCUGAUUCAUAAGUAUGUGCAAAAAUUUCCAAAAUGUCAGACACACAGAGAUCUGAUUCGCAUGCCUCCACAUGAGCUUUAUGCAAUAAGUUCCCCUUGGCCUUUCGUAGCUUGGGGUAUGGAUGUUAUCGGACCGAUAGAACCAUCAGCAUCGAAUGGGCAUAGGUUUAUUUUGGUUGCCAUCUAUUACUUUACUAAAUGGGUUGAAGCUGCUUCAUACAGAGCCAUCACUAAGAAAGUGGUUAUAGAUUUCAUCAAGAAUAACCUGAUUUGCCGAUUCGGAGUGCCAGAAUCAAUCAUUACGGAUAAUGGGGCCAACUUGAACAGUCACUUGAUGAAUGAAAUUUGUGAUCACUUCAAAAUCGUGCAUCACAACUCGACUGCAUACCGUCCUCAAAUGUAUGGAGCCAUGGAAGCUGCCAACAAGAAUAUUAAGAAGAUCCUGAGAAAGAUGGUCAAAAAUGAUAGAUCAUGGCACGAGAUGUUACCUUACGACUUGCUAGGGUAUCGCACGAUGGUUCGAACCUCCACCGGGGCAACCCCAUAUCUAUUGGUUUAUGGAAAUAAAGCGGUGAUACCUGCUAAAGUUGAAAUACCUUCCCUAAGGAUUAUCCAAGAAGCCAGACUAAGUAACGAAGAAUAG